GCGGUCUUCCUGAACACGAGGAGCGUUUGAAGGAGCUGCUGAGGGAAGAUGUUGCUGGAACGGCAAUCUUGUUCCCAUCGCCGGAUGCAUUGCCAGCUGCCGCGAUGGCAGCAGUGGUGGCAGGAGAGGCUCCGCGGAGGAUUGUGAUUCUGGAUGGAGGAUGGGCGCAAUGCAAGAAGAUGAACCAGUGGCUUGACCCAGCCAUCCCAAGGUGUUUCGUGGAGACCGCCACCAGAGAGGAGUUCGGCUCUACCCGCAAGUAUCGGGGACAGGCACACCGCGUUCAGACGGCGUCAGCCUUCGCUGCUCUGUGGCGAGAGCUGCAGGAGGACCCGCACGAUGUGGAAGCCGUGACGCAAGGGCUGGACGCCUUCAUGAGCAGCUUCGAAGCUCAAAUGGGCCCUGCUGGCCGCCUUGAUGUCCUGGAGCAGCGGAGCAGACAUGAGCGGGAAAGAAAGAAUGAAUAA